AUGUUUGUGAGGAAGAUGAGUCUCGCGGAGACGGGUGGAAAUGGCGCAAGCGUCGGCGUCUUGGCUCGCCGACGAUCAACCUCGAAUGAUUCUGAUUCGCGACGCAAUCCUCACGGCCGGAUGAGCACGAUACCUGCUCUUUCUGCGCCGCACCGCUUCUUGGCAGCCACCCUACCCGAGUACCGCGCCGAACACGACCCAUACAGCCUGCGCAGUGGAUUAAAAGACAUCGAUGACGAGAAAGCCAAGGCGAAAGCCAAUACCAAAGCCAAGCGCGCCUGCAACCCCGUCGGCAAAGGCAAAGACAAGAUCCGCUCGCACAAACUCAUCAAAUUCUACCAAAACCAGAACGAGAACAUCGAGCGCCUCCUCAAACCCGUCGCCGACCAUGUCCAGCAGGCGAAAGACGAACAAGGCGCGGAGGCGUUGCAGUUCAAGAUUGCCGUGCAGGGAAGUUUCGCUGCGAAUAUCAUCUUGGCCAUCUUGCAGGUCUACGGCGCCGUGUCUUCGGGCAGUUUGUCGCUGUUCACCACCAUGGCCGACAGCAUUUUCGACCCCAUGAGUAAUCUCACGCUGAUCCUCUGCAAUCGAGCCGUGAACAAGGUGGACCCGCGAAAAUUUCCGUCUGGGAAGCAGCGCCUGGAGACGGCGGGCAAUAUUGCCUUCUGCUUUCUCAUGACGGCGGUGUCGUUGAUUCUGAUCGUCGAGUCGAUUCGGCAGCUGGCUGAGAAGUCAGACGAUGCCAAGUUUCACAUCCCCUCCGUCGUUGCGGUUGGCAUUGCGUUCGCGACGAAAUUGGGCCUUUUUCUCUACUGCUGGGCUUUGAGGAACAAGUACAGCCAGGUCCGCAUUCUGUGGGAAGAUCAUCGCAACGACCUUUUCAUCAACGGCUUCGGUCUUAUGACCAGUAUUCUUGGCAGCAAGAUCAAGUGGUUCAUCGAUCCCAUCGGAGCCAUCGCCCUCUCUCUCCUCAUCUCCUUCCUCUGGCUCCGAACUGCAUACCAGGAGUUUCAGUUACUGAUCGGCGUCUCUGCCGAAACUUCCUUCCUCAACCACGUCACCUACGUGUCUAUGACCCACGACCCGCGCGUCAUCCAGCUCGAUACGGUCCGCGCAUGGCACUCCGGACCACGCAUCAUCGUCGAGGUCGAUAUCGUCAUGGACCCAGACCUCAGUCUUCGCGAAACCCACGAUGUCGCCGAGGACCUGCAAAUGAAACUCGAGAGUCUGCCCGACGUCGAGCGAGCUUACGUUCAUGUUGAUUUCGAAACUACGCAUUCGCCCGAGCAUUUCUUGAAGAAGGAGUUGUAAGCUUUCUUCUGCUGUCAUUCGCUCCUAUCAUUGAAAUAUGCUCGCGUCUCACACUCUUGCUUGAUGUUGACCACCCUGCUCGUAGUUCCAUGAAGACGCUUCGAGGGCAGCAGCAGGAGGAGGAGGUGGUGGUAUGGGAGGAGCCUCGGAGGUCGCGGAGAUGGUGGUUUGGUGGUCAGCGCGAGAUGAUGGCUGAGUGGAGAGAAGGAUGGCGGAGAUGGCGACGGGUAGAGUGAUAAAUUCUUCUAGAUUUGAGCGAUGAUGCAUUUUUGACAGUAGAGACUUUGCCUUUUG